CGCAUUGCGAUAAAAAGAAUACCUCUAAAAUCGCUAAAUUCUUAUUAUUUGUAGUUGUUGAGAGCCCAAAAUGAAACUCUUCGUUCUCCUCUUGUGUACAAAUCUUGUGUGGUCCCUUCCAAAUAAAAAAUCUACCAGUCUGAAAACCUUCACUGGUCCACGUAUAAUCGGGGGUUCAGUAGCAAGAAGUGGCCAAUUUCCAUUUGCCGCUGCCAUUUUUACAACCACACUUGAUGGUAACUACUUCUGUGGUGGAACUUUGCUGACAGACCAGUGGGUCUUAACCGCUGGGCAAUGCGUUGAUGGGGCGGAGUUAUUUGAGAUUCAUUUGGGGACGAAUACUUUAGAUGGAAGUGGUCCCUACGCUGUAAAGGUAUCUGCAGACGAAUAUAUUUUACACCCAGAGUACGAUCCCCUUACUUUGGAUAAUGAUAUCGGGUUAAUUUGGCUUCGUUUACCGGUGGAGUUUUCUGAUUAUCUGAAGCCUGUUGAUUUCUUGCCUUUUGGUGAACUGCCUCCUGUUAGUUCAGCCAUGGCUAUAGGUUGGGGCCAAAUUGCGGAUGAUGACCCAGGACUUGUCAAUGAUCUUCAUUAUGUUUAUGUCACUUCUGUAUCUAAUCCUGAAUGUAAAAUAGUGUAUGGUGACCAAAUUACAGAGAAUAUGGUUUGUGCUGCUGGAAAUUACAAUGAAGGAACUUGUUUUGGUGAUACUGGUGGUCCUUUGGUUCAAAUCAUCAAUCGAGGACAAGCAGUAGUUCCAGCAAUAUCCAGUUUUAUCAGUACUAAUGGGUGCGAAAGUCCAGAUCCAUCUGGAUAUACAAGAGUAUUUACAUAUGUUGACUGGAUAAGGAACAUAACAGGAAGAACUGGACAAUUUAACAAUUAAUAAAAUGUAAAAAAUUGAA